AUGCACCAAGUACCACGACACCCUCAACUUGUUAUGAAUCCGGAUUUGAACUCUCUUGCUUUUCUUGUAUUUCCAUUAUUCUUUAUACUCUUAGCUAUUCUUAUUCUUACUCUUUUUCCGUUUUUAAAAACUUACUUCAUUCCUUCUCAUUCUCAGUCUACUAAAUUAAAAAUUGGUAUCUCUUUAUCUGACGCUUAUAGUGGAAAUACUAUCAAAAGGACUAUAAAACGGAAUGUUCAAUGUCCAGUAUGCAAUGGGAGUGGUGCUGCACAUUCACAUGCCAUUCAUAAAUGCUCAAAAUGUGGGGGAAAGGGUGUGGUUAAGGAAAAUCUAAGAAUGGGAUUAUUUACCUAUGAACAUUUAAUUACUUGUCCCAUUUGUGGAGGAAGUGGAAAUGAAAUCACAGAAAAAUGUGAGAAAUGUAAUGGUAGUGGAAGAGUGUCUGAAACCACCGAAUUUAAUAUUACCAUUCCUAAAGGUAGUAAAACGGGGGAUAUUCUCAAAAUAAAAAAUAUGGGUGAAAUGGGUAGUACGCUUCUUUUAUUAUUAACUGUUAAUGACGAUGAGAAGAACUUUAAACGUCAAGGGGAUGACUUAUUAACUAACCUAACAAUUACUUUGAAAGAUGCACUCUUAGGAUUUAAAAAACAAAUCUCCCACUUAGAUGGUCAUCAAAUAUCCAUUGAACAAAAUGGAGUCACAAGUGAUGGUCAAAUUAUUCGAAUCAAAGGUGAAGGGAUGAAAAAGAACUUUUUAUUUAAUGGGGAUUGUUUAAUUUCUAUCCACGUUGAUAUGCAUUCAAUAUCUCCUGAUCAAGCACUGAAAAUAGCUAAAAUAUUAAAUCAAACUAAUUAA